CGGCUGGUGCCGUCGGGCCAGGGGCUGCUGGGACCCGGCUGCGGCAUUCGGUAGCGGGCCAUGUCGGCCGCCCAGGGCUGGGACAGGAACCGCCGGCGGGGAGGAGGCGCCGCAGGCGGCGGCGGCGGCGGAGGUAGCGGGGCCGGCGGGGGCAGUGGGGGCAGCGGGGGUCGUGGGACCGGCCAGCUCAACCGCUUCGUACAACUCUCCGGGCGUCCGCACCUGCCAGGUAAGAAGAAAAUACGAUGGGACCCAGUUAGGAGACGCUUCAUUCAGUCCUGUCCCAUCAUAAGGAUCCCUAACAGGUUUUUGAGAGGCCACAGACCUCCACCAGCACGAAGUGGACAUCGGUGCGUGGCAGACAAUACCAAUCUGUAUGUGUUUGGAGGUUAUAAUCCAGAUUAUGAUGAAUCUGGAGGGCCAGACAAUGAAGACUAUCCCCUCUUCAGGGAGCUUUGGAGGUACCAUUUUGCUACAGGAGUGUGGCACCAGAUGGGCACAGAUGGCUAUAUGCCCCGAGAACUGGCAUCUAUGUCACUUGUGCUGCAUGGAAACAACCUGUUAGUGUUUGGAGGUACGGGCAUCCCAUUUGGUGAGAGCAACGGCAAUGAUGUCCAUGUCUGUAAUGUGAAGUAUAAGAGAUGGGCUUUACUCAGCUGUCGGGGGAAGAAACCCAGCCGUAUAUAUGGACAGGCCAUGGCUAUCAUCAACGGCUCCCUUUAUGUCUUUGGAGGGACAACUGGCUAUAUUUACAGCACAGACCUGCACAAAUUAGAUCUCAAUACUAGAGAGUGGACACAACUGAAACCAAACAACCUAUCCUGUGACCUGCCAGAAGAGAGAUACAGACAUGAAAUUGCACACGAUGGGCAAAGGAUUUACAUCUUGGGAGGCGGUACUUCCUGGACAGCUUAUUCCUUAAACAAGAUCCACGCAUACAACCUUGAAACGAAUGCAUGGGAGGAAAUUGCAACAAAACCCCAUGAAAAAAUAGGUUUCCCUGCAGCCCGAAGAUGUCACAGUUGUGUUCAAAUAAAAAAUGACGUGUUUAUUUGUGGGGGCUAUAAUGGAGAAGUGAUCUUGGGAGACAUCUGGAAGUUGAAUCUGCAGACUUUUCAAUGGGUAAAGCUCCCAGCUACCAUGCCUGAGCCAGUUUAUUUUCACUGUGCAGCUGUUACACCGGCUGGCUGCAUGUACAUUCAUGGAGGAGUGGUGAACAUCCACGAGAACAAACGGACUGGGUCCCUGUUUAAGAUCUGGCUGGUGGUACCUAGCCUGCUGGAACUGGCCUGGGAGAAGCUGCUCGCCGCCUUCCCCAACCUGGCAAACCUUUCCCGGACACAGCUUCUGCACCUUGGACUCACACAGGGACUCAUUGAGCGCUUGAAAUGAGGAUUUCUGGACUGUUCGUUGAUACUGGAAAUGUUAAUUUAAAGAGACUCUCUUUAUUUAUGGGCAGUGGAGAAUGUGCUACAAAGAGGACUGGUUACCCUGAUCAAGGCCUUAUUCAGAAAAUACAUCCGAUGCCUUUUCCGUAAAUUGGUUUUUAAGUUUAUGGAGAUCUGACUUUCCCUUCUGCUUCCUUCUUUGCUUCUCACCCUCCCAGCAUACAUACACAUACUCACAUAUUUCCUUUUCUUUGAUGGAGCUGAGGGGAAGUCUGAAAGUACCUUAAUAAUGUUAUGAAUCAAGAUAAGAUAUGAAUUUCUUUAAAAGAACUCUGAACAUAUAACCAUGUCAGCUAAUCUACAAAUUAAAAUGUCAUCAACAAAAACUAAAAUUAAAAAAUCCAGCAACAACAAGCAGUCAUCAGUUUGAGGGUAGAACAUGGCGGCUAGCCUUGAGAAUCUUGCAGAGUAUCCUUAAACCUAGAUGUUUAAUGUACUGUUUUCAAAGAUGCACCUGCUUGAGUAGCGGGGUCUAAUGGCAGCCGUGGUUAACAUCUUGCUGCAUAGACACCCAGACUACCCUUUGGCUUUGGAGGAAAGUUAAACAGCUCGGCAGUUCUUGGUUAGUGAUUUCUUUCUCAUUCUUACGGUGCCAGCAGUGGUCAGAGUUGGCUUGUCUAAGGAUGUACAGGUGUGUCGUGGUUGUGCUGUUUGUUGUUGUUCUUCAUGGAACGAAGAACAUUUCAAACCAAGAGACUUAUGGUGGUCAUAGUUCUUCAUUCUGGGCAGUUUUGAAGUGCUACUAUGUUUUUUAAUGGUUUCAAGUAUCUCUUUGAUCUUCGUGGGAAACGUCGACAUAAAUAUGUGGCAUAAAUGCCAUGGGACAUAAGCAAUCCCAUGAGAGGCCAGAGAAGAGCAGGGCAGAGAGGGUGCGUGCCCUCUGGGGCUUGUUAGCUUGGCUUUUGCUUGGGCUGUGAGCUUUGAUGUCAUGUGUAAACUGGCGGCCCAGCCACUUCCUUUUCAGAACUUGUUUCCUUUCUCACCUUUGGGCCAUGCAGCAGUCAUUUUCUCAGGCAAUGAAUUUUAUCUCUAGAAAGCCAAUUGGCCCUGGAUUUUUUUGUUUGUUUGUUUCUCUUAGCUUGUUGCCUCCUUUUCUGUCUGCUUUAAAGUGCAUGGUGCUGUAAUUCUCUAGCAAUUGGAUAAAUGGUCUUGGGGGAAAACCACACGUAGUCCUUCCUGAAGAACCAAGUAUCAUUUUAAAAACGAGCAUGAGGAAAGAGUGAAACCGAAUAUCAUUCAUUUUAAUGUGAAGUUUUAGUUCUGUUUUUUGUGUUUAAUUCUAAAAAGAAAGUGACCUAAAUUUCCCCUUGCUUUGCCUAUUAGACUGCUAGAGUAGCUGCGCAAGUCAUGAGACUCGAGCAUUGGGAAGUUGUGGGGUAAUAAAGGGGCUGAAGGUAUCCACAAGGGCACAGUGGUCGUCACCCGUGGGUGACCUCACGACAGGAGACUCAGGUGGGGGAUUCAGGACAUGUUUUUCCUUUAAGUGCCUCUUUUUCACCUAGCUUUUAAAUUCUUUUUUCCUUCAUCCCAGAUGGGACCUCUUUAGCUUAUGUGUGGAUUUAAAAUCACCCUUGAGUUAUGGCUAAAAAGUUAUCAUUUGGUGUUCAGGACAGGAAGAGAGACAGCUGUGUCCCCUAGACUUGGACCCCUAACUUCCAGGCCUUGCUUUAACAUCCCAUCCAUGCUGGCUUGACUUAGUAGAGCAGGCAUUCUCAAAGGCUUGUGAUGACCACUCAUCUGUGAGUUGGGGUCCUUUUUGGUGUGUAAGGGGAGUAGGGGAGAGGCAGGAAAAGGAACAACUCUUCCAAAGGUCUCAACCCCUUCACCUCCUGCCAUUACCAGUCUGUGGCAUUUAACCCCUUGCCACCCAUUUCUGGGCGUGCUCCUCUGAGCAACUCCAUUAGGUCAAAACCGAGCUUUGCUGCAUGACUCCAGCCUGAUCUCUGGAUAGUUGUGAAAUAUAGCCAAAAUGAAAUAGUUCAGACUAUCUGGGUUGGGGAAGGAUUUUUGUCCUGGGUUUCUAUAGGGACCAAGGUCUGAAUACUCAGCCUCUGUGCUUAUCCUUCCAUGGUCCUUGGGAUCUAAUCUGGUCUCUAGGUCUGCUACUCCAGUUAGCUGGAAAGAGAUGAGGCUUGGUUCAACCCACACUUGCAAGCAUCUUUUUUCAAGCUUCUUGAAGGCAAUGUCUUUGAGUCGACUUUGGAGGCCUGACAUUCAAGACCUUGUCUGUGACAUGUUUAUAAAAGUACAUAUCCUUGGUCUCAAGUGUCUUCUUUUCAUACAACACUAGUGAAAAAUGCUGACGUUUGACCUGAGUGCUACAGAACCCACGUGUGCACAAGCUCUGGAUGCCAAAUGAAACUGUGUGUGUGAUGACUUCAUGUAGAUGACUGGGAUUGGUACAGGGCCCCCAGGCACGUUAGCGUGUUUAUAACCAGCACUCUGAAUUCCUGACACUGCUACUUGAUUGAGGGCGCUUAUGCCUGCUGCUUCUCUGCCUCGCGGAGGCCCUCCCAGCCAUCUUCCUGCAGUCCUGUCAGUGUAAGUGCAAUAUAUAGAAACACAUAUGGGUAGACACGGAUUAUAUAGCGGGGGUGGCUCGGAAGCAGAUAAACCACUUUUGCUAUCUGUCUUGGGGAAGCCAGCUUAUUACUUUAGAGGCCAAGAAUUUUAGAUGUGAACAGCUGGCUUCAGCCAGCUCUUGGUAGAGCUGGAUUUUCAAGUUCGUGUUUUCUUACUCCAGUUCUUAGAGACUUAGUGUGUUCUUGGGUUUGUUAUAGUUGAGGUUUUGUUCCCAGUCAUCUUUGUACUUCUCAUGUUUGCGUGUCUUGUUACAUUUCUUUGCCCGGGAACAAGGAAGACACCUGUAAGGAGUUUCCUAAAUGGAGAAUUAAAACCUAUUAUUUAAUAUUGUCAGUUUUCUCAUGUACGUACUAAUUUAUCUGUGACCUUAAUACUUUAUUAAAUGAACAAAAUAAUGCUUUCUUCAUUUAAUAAAGUGUUUUCCAGAUCCUGGUAAAACUGUAAGCCCAUAUAGAAUAGACUGAAAUUUUAACUGUUCUUCAGGGGCCAAACUGAAUCUCUUUCCAUUGGCAGAAUUUUCUUUUUUCAGGGCCCUAGUGACAUGAUGUAGAAAAUUAAGCUAUUCGUGUCCAUUACAUAGCUAGAUUUAAAAAUAUAAUAAUCAGCAUAUUAACAUUUCUAAGUGAAAAGGUAUGUUAAUAGUGACCUUUGGUUACCCAGAGUAGCAAGAAUAAAGCACAGAUUAUUGAAAUCCAUAGAUAAUCAGUAUUUCAACUUUCUUAUCCAACAGUUGAUUUGUUUAAAUUUCUUAUUCCUCCCCACCCUCUCCCACAAGCACCUCCUUUCCAAUGAGUGAGGCUAAUGAGUAGUUACAGAUGGAAGAGGAAGAAUCACGGAGGGGCUAGGAAACCAGCAAGCGUAGAAUAACCCCGAUUAACUGUAACAGGUCAAUCUGACAACUGUUGAAAGCUGACAUUAGGAACCGGGGGCGGUAAUUCUGAGUUUAGAAGUUACGCUUCACUCCUCUGCUUCAGCACAAUCUCCUCCCCGAGUUCUAGGUGCUCUCUCUCUAACCACCAAAGAACUCUUAGCACCUAUGGGAAAAAAGAGUUAUGUGUGAUGUAGGGGAAACCCCAUCCUUGGAGCACAUUUCUUUGACUCUUGACAGAUUCUUGCUUUUCCUCUAAUCUUGGAGGAGCCUUGUUUUUUUUCUUCUUUUGAAAACAACUUUUCCAGCCACACAGCUUGGCAUAUUGGGAAGGGUCAAUUAUCCUGUAUGACUGUGUUGGUCUUAGUUCUGUAAAGCCAGUUUGUUUGUAUGUGGUCUUACAGAAGUUCAGAAAGUGGCACAGUGUGCUGAACUGUCUGCCUGCCAGCACUCUGGUUUAGCACAAAAAGCCAUUUUCCUUAUUCGUCACUGUUCUGGCAUUGAUGAGCUUUAGGGUGGAUGAGGGUUUAUGAUGCUGUGAUCAUAAGCUCCAGAAACUGGUCACCGUUAGCCUACAUUGCUUUGGUUCCCCAAAUGCCUUGGAACUCUGGGAGCCUUGGCAGGAUCCGGGGCAGACUCCAUAGAGUUCGGUAGCCUCCAUGCACGUCACCACCAGGUUGUGCCCAGCAAUGGUGUUUCCUUUCUGAGGUUGAUAGGCUGGUGGAAAGUGGCCUCUUCCCUCAUCUGGUGUUGUGCUUCAGAAGUGGUGCCAUCUUUGUAGUGUAAUUUUAUGUUUUCAAUUUUUUUUUUUAGACGUAUUUUAAAGCCUCUGCUUAGUCCGUGUACAGGGUGAGCCAGAGGCAGUUUUCAGAGAAGAAAACCAUUUCAACAAGUGGUAGUGACUGAUGUUUUACUAGUUGCACAUUUAGAAUACAAAGGAGGCAUAGAAAACACACUGACUUUCUCUAAAGCCACUUCCUUGUACAUGAAGUCUGAGCAGGAAGAGUGUCGUGCCAGGCGGCGCCCUGUAAAGGCAUCUGCCAGUGACGAUGGUACUGGGAGAACCUAGGCAGGAAAGGGAAGCCUGUCUCUACAGUGCAGUCUUUGAGGGGGAGCCCAGGCUUCGAGCCUCAAGACAACGUAUGCUAGGCCAAACACAAUGCUUGCCUUACUUUGAAGCUAUUUGCCACAGUCCUGUUAAAUAGUGUGGAGAUCCUUUUGCAGUCUGGUGU